AUGCAGCUUCAUGCCUUGACUGCAAAUUUGCAAUACUGCUAUAUAAAGAGGUUUUUAGUUGUGAGUUAGCAGUGUCAUUGAUCAUGGACUUGCAGCAACACGUAUUGGUUGUGCCAUGUCCAGCACAAGGCCAUGUCAAGCCGCUCAUCAAGAUGGCGUACAACUUGGCUUAUCACGGGAUCAAGGUCACAUUUGCCAAUACUGAACACGUUGGAGGAAAAAUUCUAGCUGCAAUGUCUGAGUCAGACAAGGAACAGUGUCCAAUAAGGCUAGUCACGUAUUCAGAUGGAUUGGAGUCGAGCCCUGAAAAAAGAGAUGGACCGGGGAUGAUGGAUGACCUUAAGAAAGUCAUGCCUGACAAUCUGGAAAAAUUAAUCAAGCAGAUCAAUGACUCAGAUAAUGAGCCAAUCACUUGUGUCAUAGCUGAUCUAUCAGUUGGAUAUAUACUAGAAGUUGCCAGAAAAUUGGGUCUUAAACAGGUUGCAGUUUGGCCUGCAGGACCAGGUAGCUUGGCCUUGUCACUUCAUGUCCCAAAACUCAUAGAAACAGGAAUUAUAGACGAAAAUGGUUCACCAAUUGGAAAUGAGCUGAUCCGUUUAUCAGAAGAAGUUCCUGCGCUGAAAAGCAGCGAACUCACUUGGAGCUGUCCAGGUAAUCCAACAGUACAAAAAAUGCUAUUAGACUAUUCUCUAGAUGUCAAACAGGCUGCUGAAAAUGCUAGCAUUGUUCUAUGCAACACCUAUUAUAAUCUUGACUCGUCCUCUUGUGCCAUGAUUCCCAAUGUCCUGCCAAUCGGUCCACUGCCUGCAAUAAAAAAACUAAACCCUUCUAGUGGAACUUUAUCCUCUCAAGAUUCGACUUGUAUAAGCUGGCUAGAUAAACAGCCUGCAAACUCGGUCAUUUAUAUUGCCUUUGGCAGCACGACUGUGUUUAGCCAGAAGCAGUUCAAUGAAUUAGCACUCGGAAUUGAACUAUCAGGCCACUCUUUUCUAUGGGUUGUACGACCAAACAUUGUCAACGGAUCAUUUCCUGAAUACCCAAAUAAUUUUCUGGAAAGAACAGCUGCUCGUGGCAAGAUUGUUGAAUGGGCACCUCAAGAAGAAAUUCUUGCUCAUACUUCGGUUUCUUGUUUCUUUUCUCAUUGUGGAUGGAACUCAACGAUGGAGGGACUCAGCCACGGUGUACCAUUUUUGUGCUGGCCUUACAUGUGGGAUCAAUUUUUCAAUAAGAAUUAUAUUUGUGAAAUGUGGAAAGUUGGGUUAUCACUUGAGCACGACGAAGAUGGGAUGAUAUCUAGGCAUGAGAUUAAGACCAAGAUUUAUGAUCUAUUAACUGAUGACGGAGUCAAGACAAAUGCAUUGAAGCUGAUGGAGAACGCUAAAAAGAGUGUAAAUGAAGGUGGUUCAUCAUAUGAGAAUUUCAAAAGCUUUAUCAAGUACCUAGAAGCCUAAACUCAUCAAAGGGGCGUUAAUGCUGCUAUGUUUUUGUUCUGGUUUGAUUACUUUCAGCGACAAAUGGGACAAAUGCAUUAGCGUGAUGAUCAACUGUCUACUAGUAAUCUGCUUGUUAUUAUCUAAAGUUGCCUAUCUUUUUACCUCUAGUUGAUAGAAGCUUGUUGUGGUUUGUUCUCCUGGUGUUAUUUUCUUAAUGAGUGUUAAACUAAAAAAAUUUCUAGA